AUGGCGAGCCUGAGCGUGCCUCCGGUGCUCACGCCUCCGCGUGAUGACGCCGUCGCUCUCCACAAGGCCUUCAAAGGGUUCGGCUGCGACAGCACGACGGUGACUAACAUACUUGCUCACCGCGACUCGGCGCAGCGCGCGCUCAUCCUGCACGAGUACAAAGCCAUAUACCAUCAGGAUCUCUACCAUCGCCUAGCAACUGAACUGAGUGGAAACCACAAGAAUGCUAUGCUGCUUUGGGUCCUCGACCCCGUGGGGCGUGACGCGACCAUACUGAACCAGGCUCUCAACAGCGACAUCACCGACCUGAGAGCCGCCACGGAGGUAAUCUGCUCCAGGACGCCGUCGCAGCUGCAGAUCAUGAAGCAAACCUACCGCGCGAGGUUCGGUUGCUACCUCGAGCAUGACAUCACCGAACGCACCUACGGUGAUCAUCAGAAGCUUUUGCUUGCGUACCUGGGAGUCCGGCGCAACGAAGGCCCGGAAGUUGAUCCUUCGGCGGUGACAGACGACGCGAGGGAGCUGUAUCAAGCCGGCGAGAAGAGGGUGGGCACCGAUGAGCGGGCCUUCAUCCGCAUCUUCAGCGAACGCAGCUGGGCGCACAUGGUGUCCGUGGCCAACGCUUACCAGCACAUGUACGCCCGGUCCCUGGAGAAGGCCGUGAAGAGUGAGACGACAGGGAACUUCCAGUUCGGGCUGCUGACCAUCCUCAGGUGCGCCGACACUCCGGCAAAGUACUUUGCCAAGGUCCUGCACAAGGCGAUGAAAGGCCUGGGCACCAGCAACGCGGCGCUCACACGGGUGGCGGUGACGAGGACCGAGGUUGACAUGAAGUACAUCAAGGCAGAGUACCACAACAAGUACAAGGGGUCGCUGGCUGAAGCUAUCCACUCCGAGACGUCGGGGAACUACCGAACCUUCCUCCUCUCACUCGUCGGCUGGGACCGCUAA